AAAAAAGUUCCACCACUGACACGCCUGUGAGUUCUUGCUUCCUCUCUGGGUGUCUGUUUUUUCAAAACUCCUAAAGCAUGUUCAUUUAAAGCAAGACAUUGAUCCAGUAAUACAUCUAUGUAUGGAUCAGCUGCAGUUGAAAGAAAAGAGCACCCUCAAUUUCCAGUAAACUAGAUCUCCUUCACGGCAGAGUUUGGCCUUGGAUUCCUUCAACUUUUCGGAUAACUAUUUGAAGAGGCAUGAACAACGUAUAUGACAAAACCACAUCCACCAGAAAAGUAUUGAUCGCCUUCUUCAUCCUGGUCUUCCUUGUUUGCCUCCUGAUCUCCCUGUACAUGUGGCUGAACCGCAAGACUAAUGGCCAGUACACAGUCCGCCAACUGGUCUAUGGGCAGGAUGGGGCCAGGGACCGGAUCAUGGGUGGGGUCAGAGUCCUGGAAGUGCGGCUUGGGCGCCGGCUGUGGCCUCUCGGCGCGGAUGAGGAGGCCAUAAGAGAGGAGGAACACACAAAUGAAGAGAGGGAUGUGGAGAGAGGGAGCGAGGGAAGGGAAAGUGAGGGGGAGGAGGAGGGCGAUGAGAGGGAAGACGGAGGGGAUGACUCGUCGGACGACUACUCCAGCAUGGAGGGCUGUGACCUGAGGGAGAGAGCAAAGCUCACAGGCGAGAAGGAAGAGAUAAGAGAGUGUGAGGAGAAGAGAGAGGAGAAUAUGGAGGAAAAGUGGGAAAGCAAAGAGGAUGGAGAGAGUGAUGAGGGAGCAGUGGGAGGAGAAAAAAGUGGAGGAGGAGGUUUGCUGAUAGACCUGCAUCAGUUCUCUGGUAGUGCCAUCUGGUCUGAAGAUAGGAGUGAGGGAGGCAGAGACAAGGAUGAUGUGACUGCAUUGUGAGGGAAGGAUCAGCGAGGGAAAAUAGUUCCAUAUUUCAUCUUUGUACAGCAAUAGCGCUUGACAGUAGGUUUUGUCGUCAUUAUCAUCAUAAUUGUAAAUUGUAAACCUUACAAACCAGUGUUACAACCAGAUUACAACAAUCAGAGCAAAGAGCAACAGAGACAAAAGUGUGAAAGAAUAAAUUAGAGUGAAUAAAGGGACUGACAAGAGCAACAAUUGCAGAAUGAAUACAUUAAACAAUAUGAAUGUUUUUGAGAUAUUAAAAAGCUUUUGUAUAGGUUUCAUAUGAUGAAGCUCAGGUUUUGGGUGGCACUGUUUUCUGCAUUAGUUUUAUUACUAUUGGAUUAUUUGUGGCGUAGUGGUCUAAAGCACUGCAUAUCUGCGCUAGAGGCCUCAAUACAGACACCCUGGUUCGAUUCUAGGCUGUAACACAACCAGCUGUGAUUGGAAGUCCCAUAUGGUGGCGCACAAUUGGCCUAACGUCAUCCGGUCUAGGCCAUCAUUGUAAAUAAGAAUUUUGUUCUUAACUGAUUUGCCUAGGUUAAAGGUUAAAUAAAAACUAAAAAAAUUAAAUGUGUGUUUUGUAUAUUUUAGGAAUAUUUGUUUGUAUUGAAAUAAAGGGCUUAAUUCGAA